AUGUCUCUUCUCCUAGAAGCAGCCGCAGCCGCAGCCUCAGGGCCUGGCGAGGAGACCACGGGGGCCUCAGCCUCCCAGAGCCUGCCCGCCUGUGUUCCCGCUUCCGACCUCGAAUCCGAGGAGGCGCCAGGCUUAAGCCAACUGCCCAUCGAGAUGCUCCUGGAAGUGCUGAGCUACCUUCCCACAAGCGUACUGCUCGGGCAAUGCCGCCACGUGUGCUGGUACUGGCGCUACCUGGUGGACACCCGGGCCGUGUGGCUGAGCAUCUUACCCUACAGCCACGCUAAGCUGUGGCCCGUCUUCCGAUCCUGCCUCCCCCGAGACGACGACGACGACCCCAGGCCCUGCCUCCUAGGCCGCUUCUGCGAGCGUAGACCCUUAGGACGCAAUCUCUACCCGAACCUCCACGGCAUAGGUGGGGAGCCCAGGAAAAGAGGUCUCAAGGGUGCCCAUGGGAUGGUUUGGAGGUGGUGUUACAAAAAGCAAGUGUUGGACCUGGAGGAGGAGGGUCUGUGGCCGGAACUCCUGGAUAGUGGAAAGAUUGAGAUUUGUGUCUCUGCCCGGUGGGCAGACCAAGAAGCCUCGGUCUGUCUGUAUGAGCUAAUUGUCCAACUUCUAGAUGCCAAGCAGGCCAAGCUACAUCAUUUCUCUCCUAGGCCAAUCCAUCAAGGUACAACCAGUAUCCCUUUUAAGACCGACCACCUGUUCUGCAACCUCAAGAAGGGCGUCCGCUUUGUGUCUCUGGAACACUGGAUUUGGGACAUGGGGUUCCUGCCUGAGGACUAUGGAAUCAUCGUGCCCAAGGCCAGUGUGAUUGUACAGGUCCACCAACUCUAG